AUAUUCGUGAAGCCGCCUCAGUGUCGGCCAGUUUCAGUUCCAACGCGUACGUUCAAAAUGUGUAAUGUGUGUACCCGUGACACGCCGAUACCGGCGCCAGCCAAACCCAACAAGGCUCUCGAACGAUUAAAGAAAAAACACAACAUCAUCACCGACCCCUCCAAUGAGGAGAAGCAGCGGGAAGUGGCCUACCAACCGGAUUUGUUGGCGAUUUCCACGCAGUUUUCCAAAAUCGCAUAUGAUGCGUUUAAAGAGGUGAUGGUGCGCCUGCAAGAGACCAAGGCUUAUGUCAUUGCCACCAAGACUUCGCAGCCGUUCCACGUGCUCCUCGCGAUGCUAGUGGUCACUGCGUGGCUAACACGGCCCGGUACGAGCGGCAGCUUGCGCGGUUGGCGGGCGCUCUAUGUUGGAGCGGUAGCCACGCAUUUGGGAGCGCAGAUAUGGAUGACUUUGGUCUCCGGUAUCGUGCUCUACUUCUCGCUCCCUCGCCACGAGUUCGGGCGCGUGCAGACCGUCUUGUUCCCGGUGUACUACGCCUUCAACGCUGGCGUGAGUUUGCUGGCCGUGCUUGCGUACUUCAGAACGCAAUGCCUCACUCACUUUGUUAAUACGUCCUGGGUACAGCUAGCGCUACUGCUAGUAGUAUUCAGUAUCGAAGCGUAUGUCCGGUUCCGGCUAGUCGCGCCGAUGCUGCGCGCCAAACAUGUCAAAACUCAGAUGGAGGAGGCAGCAGGCGGUGGGCAAGAGAUCGGCCGCCUUUUACUGGGCGAGUUGGCUCACUGUCCCCGCUACCUUCGCGUCUUGAAGACCUUCAGGACGUACCACUCCUCCAUCGCCAUGGGCACCAUGAUCACUCUCGGCUGCUCCUUCUACUCGACCAUGAUCCUAGUUGACUCUAUGUGCCAGUGAACAUACGCUAAAUAACAUUUGAACAUCCUUCUAAAAGUAUUAAGCAACUAUGUAUAAUCUGUUGCAAUUAUGUUUAAUCUGUAUUCAGUUAGCAUUGUCUAUUAACUCCACUUUAAUAGUAUUUCUUAAUAAUCUGUAAAAUUGUGUUUUCUGAUUUCUAUGUAAGAACUAUUUCUGCAACUUAGACUUUCUCAAAACUAUCGAAUAAUUAUAACUUUAUUAAAUAUUUCCGCGUUUUUCUUUUCUUUAUUCCAAUCUUAAAAAUAUUUUAAGACUAGUAGGAAUACGAAAUUGAUUUGAGAACGUUUAAGUGUGCGUUUUAUUAAUGCAAUGUACUUUAGUUCCAGUCAGGCUGUGAAGUCUGUUUAUUGAUAGUAUGAUUAUGAUUAUUAGUUAGUAGAAAUUAUUAAAUUGACUUGAAAAUUGUAUACGAAGCGCUGGUCGCUAAUAUAUCUAAGAAUUAUUAUAAAAAUUUAAAAUUUAUACAAAUAUCAUAGGAAUUGAGAUAUAACGUACCUCCAUAUAAUUACGUUGUUUUAUUCAAAUAUCUCAAAACCGAAUGAAGGUAAAUUUUAUUAAAUUUAUAAAUUAUAGAUUAUUUUUAGUUUUACGGCACUUGUAUUCUUGCCAUUUAGAAAAUUCUAGUAACGUUUAAUUUAUGGCCGCAGCCAAUAUAAGCUGCUUGAUUAAAAGCCAUGUCCAAACUUACACUGCCAAGAAAUAUAAUUAACUAUGAAUAAAAAUUAUAUUAUUGAAAAAUCGAAUUUCUUACAUUUUAUUUACGUUAUUGUAGAAUUACAUGAAAAAGGCAACACACACACACUUUGAAUGUCAACAGUUUUAUUAUUAAAAUUGCACCUUCUUUAGAUUACAAUUUGUCAGCUUAAAAUAUUUAUCUAUACCAAAAAGCGACUGCGUUUCUGUGAUAUGACGAUAAACAAUAAAUUGGACAAUAGGAACUAAUAUUCAUAGUACUACUAUAUAGUUUAAAAAUGGCAACAGGAAUGUUAUAGUAAUUAAUAAUGCUUGUUAUUUAUAACACUAACAGAUAUUGCAGUGUGUGGUAGAGAAUUUGUUCAACAUCUAGUCAGGAAUAAUCGUGUGUGAUCGUAAAAUUGCAGUAUUACUAUUGCUUUUAAUGAAAUCUGAUACACGUUCUGUGCAAUGUUCGAAUAAGUUUAUAGUCUAUGGCAAAAUGGCGGGAUUUUGGAGGUACCUGAAUAAAUAUCACAAAAUUGCAUUAUGAUAAAUUUUUCAAUCAAAUAGUUUUUCUAUGUUGUGUUAACUACAUCAUUAUAUUUUUUUUGUCGUAAGUUUAAACAAUUAUUAUCUGCUCAUAAUUUCGUUCCCACUGCAGGGAAACGGGCCUUCUAUGAGUGUGAAAUCAAUAAUUUAUUAUUUUUACUUGUUCUGCCAUUUGUCAUACAAUAUUUUGCAAAACACACGAUCAAGCAGCUUACGCCAUAGCUGAGUUCGGUAUGAAUAUAACUUUCUAUAUAAAAUAGAUUUAGAAUUAUAAGUGUGUGUAACUUGUGUAUUAAAUUAAUCUAUAAAUAGAUUUAACGAUGAUCUGAAUGUUUAGGUAAGGUUUUUGUUAUUUAUUCGAGAGAAUGAUGGAAGUAAAAUAAAUAAUGGAGAUAUAUA